CCGUUGAACGCUGCGCAAGUUCUUUUGCCAUUUGGACGCGGUUUCUGUCAGUACGCUUCAGCAGUUUUGACGCGCGGGGUUCCUCUUAGUGGACGAGUUAUUUUUUUUCACUUGUGCUGAAGAGAUAUAAUUUUCAGAGAAGCUUUACGUAAUAAUCUAGGCAGCAUCAAACAACAAUCCGAUGAACAAUGAUCAUCUGGAGACGAACGAGCAUUAAACUUUUGUGAUAGACAGUGGCGUAAGCCAUCUGAUCCCGUGACUUCUUCCUGAAUCUGUAACUAACGUGAACCAGUAAGCCAAUCGAGUGUGCCAAAAUGACUACCCUAUCACACCCCUACAAAGACUGUCCGGAACUGAAAGAAAUUCCUACCGAGCACAUAAAGGAUGUAAACGCUCUUUACGAAUGGAUCAAGCAGCAGCCCCGGUUUCCGGCUUUCACGAAAAACCAUGCCCACCUUUUCCUGCAUGCAUGCAUUUGGGAUACAGAGUUUGCCAAAAAAGCACUGCAUAAAUACGCACACCUACAUGCGACGGCCCCGGAUAUUUUCGAUAAUCGGGAUAUAUUUUCAUCUGGAGUACAGUUGGUGAUGAACAUGACCCACAUGGUUUCCCUGCCGAAAUUAACAUCGGAAGGUUAUCGAUUAUUGUCCUACCGACUGUCUGACUUCGACCCGUCCCGUAUGAACUUUGCCGAGGCCGUGAAGGCGUUCUGUAUGUUCAACGAUGUGCAGAUCAGCAAAGACGGUCCCAUCGAGGGCUACAUCGUAAUCUUCGACAUGAAGGGCGUCCGGUUGGGCCAUUUGGCACGGGUGCAGUUUGGACCGCUCCGGGUUUUUAUGAGCUACAUACAGGAUGCACAUCCCGUUCGGCUGAAGAAGAUCUACAUCGUACACACGGCCUCGUUCAUCAAUCAGGUGAUGGCCCUGAUGAAACCUUUGAUUAAGUCCGAAUUGCUGGGAUUGCUCCAUUUUACCUCCUCCGGUCCGAGUGACGUGCUGGAUGUUGAACUGUUACCGAAGGAUUAUGGUGGCCCGCUGGGUGAACUCGCAACGAUGCACGCCGAACAGAGGAAGGAAAUCGAAACGCAAUACCGCGACUGGUUGAUCGAUUCGGCAGCUCUCAAGGAAGCUCCCAAGGAGAAAUCGGCAUCGGGAUCCAUCAAACCGCCGAUCAGAUCAUUCCGAGGGCUGGAAAUCGACUAAAUUUCGAACUUUGUUUCCAGCUACAUCAUCUUCAACUCCGCCAUCAAGCGUCUGCGGGAAAUCCCGAAUAGGACUACCAUUUGAUAUUAGUCGACGCGCAUUCAGCAGCAUAUUGGAAUAUUUGGUUGAGGAACAUAUUCUGUAACUAUUUUAAAUUAUUAGAUACACAGAAUGUCGAUAUGUUAUAAAUUUACAUUUUAAAUCUUUUAAA